UCGUUACCCUAAUGAGAGUGUUGGUGAAGCCGUCUGUCUGAUCGAGUCUGUGUACCUGUAUCUCCGUCUUCAGGAUUGUUUAUUUUGAUAUCUAUCGGCCUAUUAUUCCUUACAGGGAGAAAGUAUAUAUUCUUCGGGACUUCCUUGACGACGCAUCGAGACACUGCUACGCUUUGUGUUUUUGCGAGGAAUCGGACGCGGUGAUCAGCUGGAACAAUGGAAGAAGAGGAGAGUCUCGACUGCCCGGUUUGCUUCGAGCAGUACGACGACAACGCCCGUGUCCCGAAGAUGAUGUCUUGUCUUCACACCGUCUGCGUGAGUUGCAUUCUCGACCUCCUGGGCCUCGAGGGUCAGCAUCGAGGGGCGAGUGAGCCUGAGAUCCCGAGAGGUCGGAAGGUCACGUGUCCUCUCUGUCGGGAGGAGAUUCUGACGGAGAAGAUGCAGACGAAUAGGUAUAUCGUAGCUCAUCUCCGUCACCUCAUCCGCCUGGGAGGUUUGCCCAACGGAGAGACGCAACACAAGACUGCAGCAGGUACAGGGACGGACAGAGUGAAGGCAAUGGGUGUUCCUGUGUUUCCUGUGAAGCAGCAACACCCUCCUCGCUUGGCCCCUGCUCCUCCUCUCCCCCGACGGCCUACGCCUCCUCCUCCUCCAAGGAAUCCACCCCCUUCUCCGCCUCUGAGAACACCUCCUCCUCAGUUAGAGCCUAGGGGUGUUCGCCGAACCUCCGCGCCUCUGCCUCCUUCUACGGCUGGCGAAGGAGAGCGAACACCUCCUGCUGCAGGCAUCGUCGCAAAGCCACCACGACCUUUCCCUUUCGGCGGACCUCAGAAGAGCCCUCCGCCGCCUGCACACCCCUCUCGACCUCUUCUUUCUCCACCUUACCCUUCUCCACCUUCCUCUUGCCCUCCUCCACCAGCCUAUCCUUCUCCAACUUCCUCUUACCCUUCUCCAACCUUCUCCAACGACGACGAGGUCGCCUGGAUCGAAGAAUUCCAAAAGCGAAAACAGCAGGUAGAGCAAGACUUGGCUCUGGCUCUUCAGCUGACUGAGGUUUCACUCCAAGACACUCCCGACUCGUCUUCGCCAGCCACGAAAUCCAGUGUUAUUGUCCCGGUCGGAAGGUAA